UUUAUCUGCAAGAAGCGCGAGGCAUAAACAAAAAACAGCAACCCGAGAUUCGCAUCUAUUUAAUUAUUAAGCAUGGACUGCGAUGAAUCAGAUAUGGUAUAUGCCCGUACAACAACGAGCACAAAAUGCUGCGCAAGAAACUGCAACAGCACAUUCUGAAAUGCCGUGAGUUAUACAAGGACCAGGUGAAUCUAAUGGUCUGCCCCUUCAAUAAGGGGCAUUUGAUCCCAGAACCAGAAUACUAUUCACACCUCAAAACCUGUGACGACCGCAAGAUUAUAGUCCAGUAUCAGACCAGUGCGGCUGCCGUUUUGAGCGAAGACACUAAGCACGCCAAGAUCGAGUGCGAGGAGAACUGGGAUGACGACGACACACCCGAUUACGAUCCUCAGGCCUAUUGUGCCAGCGCCAACAUAGUUAGGGAGCCCCCUGGAAUGUUCCCAUCGCAGCGAAAGGCAUUCAUUAAGGAGGAAAAGCAGCGCAAGUUGGGCGAGGACUAUGAGAAGCCGAAACCGGCGAAGGGCAAGAACCGCGAGGUAAUCGUCCCGGUCCUACAAUUCCAACAAGCAGCGCUCCGGACGCCGUUACUGAGGAUGUAUUUGAUCUUGCUAAUGCACAACACAAAAACCAAAGCCAUAAAGUGUCUUCUUAUAUAUAAUAGAUAUACAUAUCUGAUAAAAAAGCUCGAAUACAAACAAUAAAUUUAUGAUAAUUUUCCUAAAUCAUA